CCGCACAUACCCAGAACUGGCCAUCCUGCGUAGACACCCGCCACCCCAGAGCAAGAUGGUAGAUGACCUGCAGGAGUUUUGUGACCAGAUGGGCCUUGACAUUGACUUCAACUCAUCCGGAGGACUCCAUAGGAGUCUGAAUGAAAAUCUUGGUGGUGAUGAGUAUGCUGCUGCCAGGAGGGAAGUUCUCACUCACAUGUGCUCCAGGGCAAUGCAGAUGGCGUCGUAUUUCUGUACUGGAGCUCUGAAAGAUGAGAAUUCCUUCCAUCAUUAUGCUCUGAAUGUUCCUCUCUACACACACUUCACUUCACCUAUAAGGCGCUAUGUUGAUGUCAUAGUGCACCGUCUACUGGCCGCCUCCCUUAACUGUGGACCACCAUUGAGUCUCUCAAUAGAGGAAGUACACAAACUGGCAUCCCACUCCAAUGACAGGAAGACUGCUUCAAAGAGAGUCCAGGAGUUGAGCUCUGAACUUUUCUUUGCUGUCUUUGUUAAGGAGUGUGGUCCUUUGGAUUCAGAAGCUAUGGUCGUGGGAGUUCUAGACCAGUCCUUUGAUGUGCUUGUGCUUCGCUACGGAGUGCAGAAACGAAUCUACUGUAAUUCAUUAGAGGGACUAAAGGCAGUCCACUUCCAUAAAGUGGGAAAGAAACCAGAGAUGACGCUUGUUUGGGAACAAGGUGACCCCAGCAAAGAGUCCACACAACAGGAGAUUUCCAUCUUCACCCUGUUGGAUGUUCAGCUGAAGGCAGAUGGAGCUCCUAUGAAAUACAGUGCUGUGCUCAAGAGACCCUCAGCAUUCGUAUGAAUUUCAUUGUUAUUUUCUUUAUUAUUAUUAUUAUUUUUGCUUGCAGAUUUCUUAACCAAACAGAGGUAUCAAUAGUAAGGCUGCUCCUUUGCACCAAUAUAAUAUGAACUUGGUUUUGUAUAAUUUUAUUUUUGAUUUUGUCCUGAAAUCUUUGUUGCAGACUUCUUUUAAGUUAGGAAUGU